UCCAAACCCAGCAACCCUCACGCUAUAUAUAUUUCUUAAGAUCCCUCCUGGCUCUUUCAUCCAGAGGACUAGCCAUCUGUCAGCACAAUGCCAAGCAAACCUGCGCCCAUCAAGAAGUCCCCAGUCAAGCAGGCGGCCAAGAAGGCUCCUGCGCCUGCGCUCGUCCCGGAGCCUGAACCGGCCCCCGUAGAGGCUGCACCUGCGGAUGCUGCACCUGUGGAAGCUGCUGCGAUUGAGGAGACAGCUCCCGCACCCGAGGGAGAAGCAGCCCCAGCAGAGGACACCCCCACUGCCGAAGGAGGCACCCCAGCUGCUGCUGCUGAAGACGACGCUGCUACUCCUGCUGCAGAUGUUCCCGCAGACGCGGAAGCUGCUGUCGUUGAAGAGCCACCAAAGGCCUCCACGCCUCCACCUCCUGCAGUCCCCACCAGCGCUCCUCUGGACGUAUCUGUGGAGGAUGUGACCGAUUCCAGCCUCACCAUUAAAUGGAGCUCGCCGGAGACCAUCGGAGCCUCCGGCCUGGACGGAUACACCAUCGAGUACUGCAAGGAUGGAACCACAGACUGGGUUGUGGCUCAAGAGGAGCUGACCCCAACUAAUCUCUUCUGCAUGAAGAAUCUCACAGCCUAUGACCUGCUGCAUGUGCGCGUGGUGGCUGUAAACCGGGGCGGCCGCAGUGAACCUGGAACACUUGCUGAGCCUGUGCCCAUCCGGGAAAUUGGUGAGCGUCCCAGGAUCCGCAUUCCCCGCAUUCUGAAAUCCUGCUAUGUCAAGCAGGUUGGAGAGCAGAUCAAUCUGGUCAUCCCCUUUCUUGGAAAGCCCAAACCUGUGGUGUCCUGGCUGAAGGACGGGCAGCCUGUGGAUCCAAGGGUCAACAUCAGGAACAGUGACAAGGACAGCAUCAUAUUUAUCCGCCAAGCUCAGAGGGAGGACUCUGGUGUUUAUGAGAUUACCGUCAAAGUGGACAGCUUUGAGGACCAAUCCACCAUCACCCUUCAAAUUGUGGACCGGCCUGGCAGUCCUGCCAAUGUGAAGCUGGUGGACACCUGGGGCUUCAACGCUGCUCUUGAAUGGACACCUCCCAAGGAUAACGGCAACACAGAGAUCACUGGAUACACCAUCCAGAAGGCCGACAGGAAAACCGGGGAAUGGUUCUCGGUGCUGGAGCACUACCACAGGCUAACUACCACCGUCACAGAUCUCAUCAUGGGCAACGCAUACUCCUUCAGAGUGUUCGCUGAGAACCAAGUGGGCAUCAGUGAGAUGAGCACUGUCACCAAGGGGGUGGCCACCAUCCAGAAGACAGGUAUCGUCUACACGCCUCCCGAGUACCCGGAGCGUGACUACAGCGAGGCACCCAGGUUCACAACACCCCUCAUUAACCGCGCUGCCACUGUGGGAUACACCACCAAGCUGCUGUGCUCUGUCCGUGGAAGCCCCAAGCCUAAGAUCGAGUGGUUGAAGAAUCAGGUGAUCAUUGGAAACGAUCCCAAGUUUCGUCAGAACUCGACCCAGGGCAUUUGCUCCCUCGAGAUCCGUAAGCCCUGCUGCUUCGAUGGCGGUGUGUACACCUGCAGAGCCAAGAACGAGCAGGGGGAGGCCGUGGUCUCCUGCAAGUUGGAGGUCAAACGUACGUAUCUAAAGGCAAAUGGAGGAUCAAGUUUUCCAAAUCUAUUGAGGUCACAAAAUGUACCCAAAUAAUUUGUUCCUUAUUUUAGGAAAUAAGCAUAUUCACACAAGAGUUGGAUGAGAAGAUCGAUACCACUUUCAUGUGUGCUAAAUAUGAAUCUAAAACCAGCAGCUGGUUAGCUAUGCAUAAAGACUGAAGGCAUAUCCAAAGUUUACUUAUUGACAAGUUAUGUUGUUGUUUUAUAUUUUUAAAAUGACAUGUUGUUAGAAGAUGUGAAAAGUUAAACAGUAACCUUCAGAGGUAGGCUGUUUUGUUUCACAUGGAUUGUUUACCACUGUUUACAGUCUGUAUGCUAAGCUAAGCUAAAUAGCUGUUGACUGUUGUUUGAUAUUAAGCAAACAGACAGGAAAGUGGUAUCGUUUCAUUUGCUUUUUCAUGAACUCCAAGCAAGAAAACAAAUAAGUGCAUUUACCAAAAUGUCAAACUAAUCAUUUACAUUUGGGACAUUUGGAGAACCUGUUAUUGGUCCCAGUUAAUGAUUGCAGUUUCCAAGUCUACACAUUUUAACCAAUAAUGUACCAGAAAUGUAUUCCAUAAAAAAAACAUAUUUAAACUGUCUAUUCCUCUCCUGACAGAGGUUAUUCUUUCAGAGGCUGACAAGGAGAAGAGCAAAUAAAUCAACCCCCAACUCUAGAGGUAAGAAACAGAGAAAUAUCCACUGCUGUGCGAGACAGCCUUAGAUUGUUCAACAAUCUUGCUAUAUAUCUUUCUCCAUUUUCUCAUAAACAAAAUUUCCUUUGAUGUGUUGCUAACGCUAACACUGCUCAUUACGGCUUUGACGCCCCAUAAGAGACAGACACAGUUGUUUGAGAUACAGAUCUGCUCUUUUGCCAGCUGACCAGCCAUGCGAUGCAGUGUUCUUAAACUCAUAGCAUCAAAUUAAAACCAGUAACAGCUCAUUUGUCCUUCCUUCUUGCCCUCCUCUUAUCUUCUCAUCAGAGCAGCUCACUCCUGCUCCCUCCUCAUCCCUGCUUUUGGAUGUGGUAAUCUGGCAAAGAUUAAUGUCAGUCAAAUAGAAAUACCAAAUUUGCUGUUUUUACAGGGUUAAUAUUUCUAUUUAUACCCUCACUAUUAGGCAGACGCAUUUGAGUUUGGGCAUUGGCACUUUCAUGUAAGCUUUUCAAAGGCCCAAGUGGUGUAGCCUUUCACGGAAAGCCAGGAGGAUUUACUCGCAGUGUAAUUUCAACUGCUGACAAGAGAAGACUCAUUAAAGCAUUUUAAAAUGGAGUGACGAGAGAAGGUGGCAAGAUUUAGAAAGAAGGGAAAAGGAGAUGGAGAAGAAAAGGGUAAUUUAAGCAGGGAAGAACGAUUAAACAGAUUAAAUAAUAUGUUGUUGGUAAAUGGAUGUAAAGAAUAGUUGAAGGUUGUAAGAGUUGAUAAUGGUUUUAUCUUACUGUGAAAGACAUAUCACUGCUUCUUUUUGCGGCGCUGUGAAACACGAUCCCUUUCAUCCCGGCUGUACAUUCAAAAUAUGUGCGCAAGGGGCCAAUUAGAUUAUUUACUACCUUUUUUAGAUUGUAGGUCUCUCAUAUACUGUAUAUAUCCCCUCGCCUCUUAACCUCGUUUCUCCUCCCACUUACUGACCACCUUCUUAGCAUACGUAGGUCUUGACUAGAAUCGGUGUGGGCCUACACUUAGCACCCUCUGGUUCUACCUCAAAUAAACGUUGUUCUCUCUGUCGCACGUUCGCUAUAGUUCGUGCUGUUGGUACCGUAACCGUUAGUGUGGUGAGAGGCAAUCGAAAUGCUCCCAAUCUCGUAAUAUGCACCUUUUUAAGAAAUGUACACAUGUUCUAGCAGAAACCCAAAAUGCAAGCGUGGACCUAAAUAUGAGCAUUUAAGUGUUUGCUCUCUGGUGGACAAACAAGUCUCUUGGGUCAUUUUGUAUUAACAGAGUUUUUCUCACAUGCCUCCACGGAAUGUGGACCGUAUCUAACAGCACCAACACUAUA